CAGCGUCAGUUCUUCCCUUAGAGAUCACGGAGUCACAUCGUACUGUGCACGGUCUACAGCAGUCGACGCUGAGCGGUAGAACAGCUAGUAUACCUAUAGGAGUUUCGGAGUUUAGCUUGGCUGUGGCAGUUGCGUGUUGUGUUGUUGCCGCAUCUUACAAGUGUUUUAAAGAACGACGCUAUCGUUUUUAUAAAAUUUUCAUCGACCGUCCUGUGCCAAGCACCCGCAGUGUAUUAUUUAUUUUGAUACGCUUGUUGAUAUAAAAUAAACAAUAACACGUGCACGCUGAGCGUUGUUCGAGUGACAUCAAGUACAAAUCUACACAAGUUUGUACACCACUAGUGCCUCGAAAAAACAAUUCUUUAAACGAAACAUCACAACAAUGGACGGAGAAUCGCUGGAAAGUAUACUGUCAACCUGUCAAGCAUUGGCAGAUAGGGGAGAGUACGAACAAGCUCUGUCUUGUUUGAAUUCGAUGGAAUGCGUAAUGGCGUGCUGGAUGAGGGGAAAGAUUUACUUGGCCGCAGCAGAACAACUUUCGAAGGAGUUCUUGUUCGUCUUCUACAGGACAGCGGAGAUGAAUCUAAGGUAUGAGGAGCUGCUUUCAAAGGCGCAUGAUCAUCUGAAUAAAACUGUUGAGUUGUUGUCCGACGCUAGUUGUGAGGUCAAGGAGUAUUUGAAUAAAUCUUUAUGGAAUUUGAUUUCUAAAGUUCAAAACGCGAUCAUCUUAAAUAGACCAGUUGUUGAAGAAGAAAAGUUCGAGAUUUAUGAAGAGGAUAAUUCUUACGUCGACGUCUGGGCAGAAAAUUUAAUCGACGACAUAUCGGAUUGGAAACUGACAUGAACGCUAAUUAGUUCAUUGUCAUUUUUAAAACUUACUCAAGAGGAAAGAUUUUAUGAUCAUCGAUUGUGCCGAAAAAAUUCGAUCUAAUCAGCAAGCAAUAAUGGACUCCUUUUUUUUAAAUGAAUUUGUAAAGCAAUCAUUGAUAGCUAUAGAACUGUAUAGUUAAUUUAUUUGUAUAUGCAACCACGUGCAUAUAGUGUGAAUAUCAAUUGAAAGAACCAAAAUGUUGUAGUUUAUUAGGAA